AUGUAAAGAAGAUGGGUGUUCAAAAGCAUUUGCUGCUAGUCAUCAUUUAAAAACUCAUCAUCGAACUCACACAGGUGAGAAACCUUUCUCAUGUCACCAGGAUGGAUGUGCCAAGACGUUCACAACAAACCACAGUCUCAAGUCGCAUAUGACUCGCCACACCAAGUCAGACAGUGGGGAGUCCAACAUGAUUGACCUUGAUCCAGGAACUUCAGACCAAGCUACAAACUACGAAGAUGACACUUACCAGAACCCAGACAGUAACAUCAGCACCAGUAUAGAGGACUUCCUAAACUCCAUCGCCAACGAUUACAAUCCUGAUGCUGCUCGAAUCACAGGGACACCAGACACAUCUGGGUUGGCAAACAUGACUGUGGAUGGGAACACUGUUCUGGGACCAGUCGGACAGUCAACAAUGAUAGUGGCUGGGGACACUGGGGAUCUGUCUAAUCAAGUUUACAGUGUCCAGCCUGUCAUCAGUCUGCCCCAACCCCUCGUGGCUCCUCUACAGACUACAGAUGAGGCUCCAGUACCUGUCAUAGCUAUUCCUGACACAAAUCCAAUGAACAAUACAGUACAGACCGUCGGCACCAUUCCAGGCACUAGUAACAUGGUGCAGACCAGCAAGGACUCACCAGUAGUACAAGUGUUUAUUCCUGCGACAGAUACCAGUACUACCCCUUCCACUACAGAGUCUGUGUCCAAUCAGAAAGUGGACAACUCCCAACAGUCUGUAACAGUGCAGCAUUACCUUAUAACAAAGGUAAUAGCCAACACACCAGAUGGGCCACGAGUUCAGUCCGAAAGUGCACUUCAGUUGGUGGCUCCCUCUGUGGCCAACCUGGGCCAAUCUGUGGUCGGAGGUCCAGUGAUUGGAGUUCCUUCAAGCAGUGUAGUGCCUUCUGUCCGAGUGAUCACUAGUAACGGGGAGGAGUCUGACCAGCAAGCCAGAGUGGUGCUGCCGCAAACCUCGGAGAACAUCUCGGCAACUACUACUCUCCCACCCAUUACAAUUGUGUGUGACUGUAAAAAGGAACGUUCAGAAGAAGAGGACUCAUGUGAUAAUCGUACAUCCUUCACCCCAGAUCAGGGGACUGGAAGCUCCUAUACAGCGAUACCAAUAACUAUGACACCUGUGAACCCAGUAACUGUGGCUCUGUCACCUGGCUCUAAAGAUAACUCCCAGUCUCUGAGUAAGGAAUUCACUCCUAUCGUGAUGCCAUCAGAUUUAAUUGACUCGAAUCAACUUACAGUAACUUUACCUGUGGCAGUGUCUUCAUCAAGUUAACGCCACUGACUAGCCUCACUCCUAUAAGUAGUCUAAGUCUUGUGUUUGAAGAUACAGGGGUCCCUUUCUUAGUUAUAUGACUCCCUACAUUUAUCUGACAUUGUAACAAACCUUAUUUAUUUUACAACAACUAAAAAACAGGUUAUAACUUAAUGGUGUAUUAAGAAUCUAUUUAAGUCAGACGACCAAAAGUUCUGAAAUUAAACUUUGGAUUUGGCGAUGAUAUUUUUGAAAAGUUACUUUUUAGAAAGUAAUUUGGAAAAAUAAUAAGCUGCUUCAUAUCCCUUUUUACUAUUGGCAUGAGAUCUGUAUAUACUAUAACAGAGGUGGCGGAGUGGUUAAGGUGUCCCGACACUUUAUCACUAGCGCUCAACCUGUGGGUUGUAAGUUUGAAGCCCAAGUGGUACUGACUGUAGGCCGGUGGUUUUUCUCCGGGUACUCUGGCUUUCCUCCACCUCUUAAACCUGGCACAACCUCAAAUAACCUUGGCCGUUAAUAGGACGUUAAACCAAAUAAGUCAAACCAAGCUAAACCAAGUAUACUAUAAAACCACUCUAGUGGCCAAGAUCAUAUAUAGCGUGUAGAGGGUACGGAGUGGAAGGAAACCAGAGUGCUCAGAGAAAACCCAGACGGUCAUGUAGGUGACCUUUUGAUGUCUGAUUAAGGAAUUGAAGCCGGAUCGUCUUGUUGAAAGGUAUCCACUUUACCACCAGACUACCCGUCAGACUUGCUAUGGUACAAGAGGCUAGUUUGACAAGCAGGUGUCCCUAGAAGUACACCUCAAAUGACUGAGCUGCAAAUUUUUAUCAUUUAACCUGAUGUUAUGGCAGUUUUUUUCUUUGCUAGCCUUUCUGACCCCUUCCCAGCUUAGGUAUAUGAGAUUUAUAAGUUCAAUGAUGUAAUCUUUGUUAUUUCUAAAGAUGUUUAACUGAUCAUUGGAUAUUGAAGUUAUUUAUAUCAUUUUUUGUUCUUCAUAUAAUUGCAAAAACUGUCCCAAAAGCUUUAAUUGAAAUUAUAGAAAUAUAAAAUGUAUACUUCAAUCAUGAAACUGACAUAAUAUUUUCAUCACUAAACACUGUUGAGUACAUUAUACACACCUGAUGCCUCAACUGUCAACCAGUCGGGCGUUCGUCUGGCGUUCGUCUGGCGUUCGUCGGGCAUCAAUUUUUCCCUUUUGAACAAUCCCUUCUCACUAUCAAAGACUCCCAGAGUCAUGAUAUGUGACUGGUAGGUUCCUAUGGAUGGAUCAAUCGGGGAUUUGCAUAAUGAAAUUACCUUGACCCAUAAUCUUUUACAGUAACCAUCUGAUUUGAACAAACUCACCAGAUCAGUGAUGGUUGCCAUAUGUGGUCAAUAUUUUUAAUGAAAUGGCAAUUUUCUAUCUUGUCAGUCACUGGCUGGCAAUAUAUACUGGUAAUGUUGGUAUUUACUGGCAGUAUUACUAACCAUUUCCCAACUUAUUGUAUGGAACAUAUUACCUACUUAUUCAAAGGAAGUGCCAGUUUAGUGGAUGAAACCUUCUUUUUUUUGUAUAUUUGUUUGAUAUACAGUUUGUAAUCAAUAAAAUGGGUUAUUCUAUAAUUAGCCCACCAUCAUCAGAACUGGAGGGAUAUUACUCAAAUGUUAUGAGUAGGUUACCCUUGGUCCGUAGUUAUGCCAUUUCAAUAUAUAAUUUAGGUCAGAAAAAAAAACCGAAAUAGCAGACAAAUGGCCAUCUUGUUUUUUGAGAUUUGAAGUUUGUUCUCCCUAUUUCUUGAAAAGUACUGGAGGAAUAUUCAAACCAAACUGAAGGGUUUUAUCUCAAACUUCACAUGAAGGUUCUACUUUUUCUUGCUUGUUAUUACCAUUGUAGAUUAUCAAGAAAGGGGGAGAUAGAGAGAAGAUCAGUCUGACAUAUAACCAAUGAAGAUCAUUCAAUGGUGGGUGCCAAGAUCUUUCUGGGAUCUCUUGUAAGGCUUUAAAAAAUUAUUAGACAAAUGACCUCUCAACUUGCACAAAGUUCAAAUUUCUUUUUAAGAUAUUUCUCACCACUUUCCUCUCAUCAAUUGUGAUUUUUAGGUCUUGGCUAUAUAAAGUUUCCCUUCUCUGUGUUCUAUGUCUGGUCUUUAUAUAUUUACUGACAGCUUUCUGGUACAGGAUUACAUUUUUCUGUACACCAGAGUCAAACAAGAUAAUGUUUUCUAAUUAACAGUUCAUAUGUCUACUUAUAAAAUUAUAUAAUAGGUCAACAUUUUCCCAGUAUUUAUCGUGUUCAUCUUUGAAUAGUAGUUUCCACUUGUUCAUGUUUUUAAGAGGAAAAAAGACAGAAGGGAAAAUUAGAAAGACAAUCAGUCUGACAUAGAAACCAUGCAGAAAAGAUCAUUCAAUGGUAGAUGCCAAGAUUC